AUGCAUAUACCCGUUGUUUGGCGAGUAGUUGAUGAAACAGAAAAAGGCAGUGUAUCAUUGGAACUUUGGGUCUUUUGGUUCGAUGAUAGACAUACUGGAAAGAUCGAUGAUAAUGAUAGCCUUUAUGCUUUAGAAGAAAUCAAAGUAGGCUCAUUUACUUGGGAGAGUGCCUAUUCCAAAUUGCAUUCGCCAACAGCUUCUCCAAUAUCUGUUACUUCGCAACCCAGCUCCAAAUUACCAGUUACAGUUUCUGAAGAAUAUAAAUGGUUUAUUAAUGCUGUUCGGAAUCUAAUCCACAGUCAAUUGAAGAUGAGUGGCGCUAUUCCUAUGGGUGACUUUUAUAUCUGCACUCAAGAUCAGCACGAGUAUUCUGAAGAGCGCAAAACAAAUUCUCCAAGUUUGCAAAAAUUGACAAGUUCUAUGCUGUGUUGCUUUUAUAACAUCUACAUGGCAAACACCAAUUUAGUUUUUCAACCUAAUACCCGCCGUAUGAAAAUUAGACCUAUUACGACAGAAACGCUAAAUAAUCGAGGAAAAAAGGUUAUUAUUGCACCAACAGGAGAAGCAGCAAUGAUACAUGCAGAGCAAACAAUAUUAAAGAGAUGGGCUCACUUUCUAGAUAUACCCUGUAGCAGUCUUAUCACCUCGCGGCAAUUUCAACCGCAGCAUUCGAUCCAUAAUCUUAUCUCUAAAGAACAAUAUCAAAAGCAAGAACUACCAAAAUUGGUUGUUAUUAGACUGUUGAGCGGAGGAGAUCACUUUUAUUAUCCAGCAAAACUUGUUUUUGUACCGUCAUCCUCAAAGAUAUCACCAAUUGCGAUGGCAGGGUUUUCCGAGGAUUUGGGCGAUAGAUGGAAGAGAGAAAUAUGGAAUGAAGAUAUAGCUAAUUAUUGGGACUUUUCUAACCCUGAUGAAACAACCGCUAAUAUCAUACUCGAUUCAUUAUCACGAGAUAAUCAUACUGGUCAACCAAAUAAAUCAUUAAACGAAACAUUGACUGGAAUAUCGCAUGUGGGGGCUACAAAAUCUGUUACAUCAACUCCAGACUCGAUUGAAAACCACCAAGCAAUGGAAAGAACAACAAAUUCUUCCUCAAUGAAAGAACCGAACGAUACCCCCAAGCAGCCGCAGGAUUCUAUCAAUUCUAGUCAUAUGAGUCUAGCCGAUUUCGCCAUGGCGCAUUUUGCAAUACCACAUAGUGACGAUCUUAUUGAAUAUCCUGUCUUAUCUUCCGAUAUGUCAGUGAAUGAUACCUCGAAAGCUACAGCAACUAUUCCUGAAUUUGAUAUCAAAGCACAACAAGCACAAACACCUAUAAAAGCAGUAAACGAUACAGAUAUCACAACUGCAGUAAAUGCUGCAACAAACGGAACAACCGCUGUAGGAAGUGUUGCCACGUCUGCAUAUCAAUCGCCUCAACUAACUAACCUUGAUUUGGAUCCGUUUGGUAUGGGAAAUGGCAUUGAGGUGGAUAAUAUGGUAUUGGAUAUGCCAGACCGAUGGGGAGAUGAUGGUAUGGGCGAUUUAGAUAAUUUCGAUUUUGGUGUCACCGAAGAGGAUUUUGACUUUUUUGCAUCAACUGGAUCAGCCGCCGCUACCGAUACUCCAAUAGUUGGAAACCCAGCCAUGCCAGCCGUUCCAACAGCGGCAGUAUCUGCACCAGCUAUUGCACCUUCAACAAUGAUGACGGAUAAUAACACUUUGAUGGAUUCAACCUUAACUAGCAAUGGACUAGUCAAUCCAGAGAACAUUUUACAGGAACAAUACAACACUAAUACUCCUCAUUUUAUGGAAGGAACACAUAUGCCUAUGGAGAUAGUUCAAACAAUAGCCCCUUCUACUGAUCAAGAACAAUCAAAUGUAUCUAAAACUAAUAUGGAUUUAAGUCUUCAGAAUAACGAUAUAUCUAUUACUCCUUUACAAAUCAGCAUGGCUGAGCACGAUCCCUUCAAUGUGCAGAAAAAUGCUUCUCCAGUCACUCAGGUGGUUGAUAUGCACAUUGAACAACCUUACCAGUCUUACCCUUCAAAUGCUUCCCUUCCACAGCAACUUUUGGUGCCGCCUCAAUUUGCUCCUGUUGCAUUUGGGAAAUUUACUUAUAACCCACCUGCUAGUGAUAAAAAGCAAAAGUCACACAAGGAAAAUGAACCAGUGAUACCAAUAAGGAAGACAAGCGAAGCGUUAUUAAGAGACACCAUAUCUAGAGAAGAUGAAUCACUAGUAAAGGACGAUGCAAUGCAGUUGGGACCAACUGAUGUCACAUUGCUUAUUAAGCAAGAUGAUAGUGAUUAUGAGAUGGACUCGUCAGAGACGAGCAGUAAUGAAAGCAGCAGUAUGGAAGAAGAUGACGAAGGGCGAUAUAACUUUGAUGAACUCUCAGCUUCAACUUCUAGCGAGACUUUAGCAUUUGAAACUGAGCCAGAAGAGCAGAUUUUGCACUCUCUGGUGACUGUGCAAGAGAAGUUUGCUGCAAAAGUUACAGGACGAGCAUUUAAACCCGAAGCGACCAAAGACACGAAAUUGACGCAGAUUACAAUGGACUUCGACAGCCCGUUUGCCCGAUCAAUAGCUGGUGGCACUGUUCGACCUGCUGAAAUUGCUGGAAGCAUGGAUAAUCUUGAUGACCUAAGAGCCCUCGAUUAUUUAUGUCAACAGGCAGUUAUGGGUGGCUAUCCAUUUUCUGGAGGUAUAGAGUCCAUAUCAUCUAAUGGAUUUGAGGCCAGUGAAGGGGAGUCAGCAAAAGUUAUCAUCGCGCGAAGGAGAGCAUUGUUACAAAGGUUCUAUGGAGAUCAGUUACCCCUACCGGCCACAGUAGCAGUGAAAGGCCCUCUCAAUGUGCAACAAUAUUAUGAAUUAUCAGAAACCAACCAAACUCACCUCAAAUAUGGAAAAUACCAAGUGAAGAAGCGACGACCGGCAGAACCUAAUUUUGAUACAUUGCAACCUCCCAACAUAACUGUGGGUCGACAAGACGAUUUUCUUCAAGGAUCCUCCAAGCUCAUCACUUUUUGGGAAAAGUUAAGACUGGAGCCUUAUUCAAACAAGAAGCAUAUUAACUAUUUUGUUGUAUAUCCUCAAAACAACUGCAUCGAAAAUACAGCAAUACAGUUUUUCAAAGAACUAAGUUCUAUGUAUGAAACUUGUUUAUUGGGUGCCCACCAUCCAGGAAACUGUAGCAAUUAUGUUAAAGGGCUGGUCCCUGUCCCGCUUUUAGACGCGGCGGAUGGAAAUGAAACAAUGGAGAGCAGACAGUUAAGAAGUUACUUUUCGGAGUGUUCAAAUUUUGGAUCUGCCUUACAAUCAACCGUGACAGAAGAUGUACAUAUUGUAAUAUACAUGAUCAACCCUUUCUUACAUUUAUCUUCAAAUCUUGAUUUGAGCCGCUGUUUCAACAAACUGAUCGAAUCUUAUAAUACACCGGAACCAGGCACGAUCACAAAAACCAAAUCACGGUGUAAGCUUGUCUUGCAAUUGAUCCCCAUUGAGCAUAUAUUACGAUCAACGGCAUUUGGUGGUUGUCUAAAAUCUGGAUUGAAGAAGAUAGCCUUCUCAGUUUAUACCAAAUGCAACACAUCGAUUAUGCACGAUUCACAACAGAAAAAUAAUUGCCAGAACAUACCAUCUACAAUAGAAUUGUUCACACCGCCUUUUAUUUUAUCCAAGCCUAACCCGACACUUAUUAAAUACAAGAUCAAAAACGCAGUUACUGCGUUCCCCACCAUUUUGGAGAACAAUGCAGUUUUGCACAUUGGAUAUACGUUGAGUUUUGAUAAGCGAUGGAUGAUAAUUGUUUGGACUGAUAACUCUGGAGAAAUGAUUGAAUUUAUGAUAUUGGAUAAGAAAGAAAGGAAUUUGUCGCUGUUAGCCUUAUUUGAAGAUGCUUGGGCCCGUACAGCACAGAUAGCACAGAGGACAGGAUUUAGUUGGACAUUUGUCAUUGUCAAGAUGGGAUUAAUGUUCGAAGAGGAACUCAAAGCAUGGACAGCCUGUUUGCCUGCGGAGGAGAAGAUUGCCAUUGUUGGUCUUGAUAUCGAAUCGACUCUACAUUUGAAUCCUCUCAGUGGGCUAUCUCUCUCUACCUCCAAUGAUGUUAUGACUCUUAAUAAUGAUCCAAUGACACCAGGCACACCGAAUAUGUUGAGUGCUAGUAGUCCCACCAACAAAAAUACCAGUGCAGAAAACCUCGAUUGUGGACAAACUAAGGCAUUACUGUUGAACCAUCGAAUUGCUUAUUCCAGUAAAAGAGAGCAAAUAUUACUGGGGAAUGUCCACAUGAAUUCCACAGCAGAAACUUGGAUGAUACCCCUAGCCAGUGGCUACAUGAUUCAUACAUCACCUACUACCGAAAAUCCUAAUAACGAAAUAUAUAAUUGUGAUCCAUUUUUAUUGGAGGUACAUCUGGUUUAUAAUCAAACGGACCAUUCAGCAUAUAGUACAUUAAGAGAUAUCAUAAAAACGUAUCAUGCAUUGUCUUUCAUUAACCUGAUGCCCUCCAACAAUAAUCGCCUCCCUAUACAUCUAAUUUUGGUAGAAAGACUUUCACGUUUAUUACUUGUCAUUAAUCCUUAA